AUGGGAUUUUUCGACGAUAUCGCCAAUGGUUUGGCCCAUGCCCAACAGGAAGCUGCUCGACACAUCACUCCUGAAAACAUCAACCGUGGCUUCCAGAUAGCCCGAGACGGCCUUGGCCACGCAGCGGAGCAAAUCAACCAGCAUGUCACUCCAGAGAACAUCAAUCAUGGAAUCCAGAUGGCCCGAGAGGGUAUUGAUUUUGCGGCUCAGCAGAUCAACCAGCAUGUUACCCCGGAAAACAUCAACCACGGAAUCCAAAUAGCUCGUGGCGGUAUCAAUGUCGCAGCGCAGCAGAUCAACCAGCACGUCACCCCAGAGAACAUCAACCACGGUCUCCAGAUGGCUCGGGACGGCAUUGGAAUGGCAACCCAGCAAAUUGGCCAGCAUGUCAAUCAGGAAAACAUCCAUCAUGGUGUCCAGAUAGUUCGGGAUGGCGUCGGUACUGCCGUACAGCACAUCAGCCAGCAUACCACCAAAGAAAACAUCGAUCGAGCUCGUGAGGAAAUGCUAAAGGCAGCAUCGGGACCGGCUGCUCAGCAGGUUGCCGAUAUCGUGAAGCAACACCCAGUGCCAAUCGCAGUUGCUGGCACUGGAAUCUUGAUUGCUGCCGUUCCUGCUAUUAUUACGGCCCCGAUUAUGGGCAUUGCUGGACUGAUGGGCUUUACCUCUGGAGGCAUCGCCGCAGCUUCGAUUGCAUCAGGCGCACAAGCGGGCAUGGGCAGUGUUGCUGCUGGAAGCUCCUUUGCGGUGAUGCAGAGCGCUGCAGCUGGAGGAUACGGCCUCGGGAUCUUGACUGGCAUCGUUCAAGCCGUAGGGGGGGUUACAGCGGCCGUGGGAGGUAUUGGAGGUGGCAUUCUGGCUUGGCUGGGAGCUUCAGCCACUUGA